CUGCAAUACGUCGACGACUUCGGUGCCGUUAUAUCAAAACGUUCUGUUGUUUUCCUGGUAUCCAAGGGAGACAGUGACAUCUGCAUACCGCGACCGAAACCACGUGGUUGUCGGCGCGUUUGAUGUCGUCAACAAUCGCAUUCCAGUUAUCUCGCACGUUGUAUCGUUCCUGUAAAGUAUCAUCAGUUGAAGCAUGCCCGUAUAUUAUACUGGCUUCAACGCCAGUCCUCUGUUUUCAAAUCAGGAUGGAAUAAUCACGUCAAUAUCACAAUUGACCGAGAUUUCAUUUCCCGAAAUCACAAAUAUCGAGAUAGGUUGGAAUUAUUUUCUUCUAUGGCGGGACACUAAAUUGUACAUCACUGGGAAGAUCAGUGAGAAUGAAAAUGACGAGAGAAACGGUCCUCGUUUAAUGCGGAUUCCACAUGAAUCAUCAGGAAGUUGUAAAAUGGCCAUUGCUGGCCGGGACAGCGUAAUUAUUCUGUCAACACAUAACGAAAUCUGGAAGUAUAAAGUGUACGACGAUUCUUGGCAAAAAGUGAUCCCUUUUAUUCCCAGCAAUGAUAACUUGCACGCCGAAUACGCCAUCAAAAUGUCACAAGCGGGAUGUACAGUGGUGCUGACUAAUUUAGGACGCGUCUUCAACGCCCCAGUCUUGGUGGAGGUACCGAAGAGAGUGAAGUUUGUUGACAUCGCCAGUGGCUUCGACCACACCAUUCUUCUGGCCGAGAACGGCGAUGUUUACUCGAUGGGAAUGGGAACGCGCGGCCAGUUAGGACACAACGACUUGGAAGACUGCGACAACCCGAGGCUGAUCGAGGCUCUGGCGGGUCUGAGGAUCGUACAGAUCUCGGCGGGUGGAUGGCACAGCGCCGUAGUGACCGAUCAAGGCGAUCUGUACACCUGGGGAUGGAACACGAGCGGGGAACUAGGGACCGAAAGCAAGGACACGAAAGUACACGCGGUUCCAACUUUAAUAGAUCUCAAGAGCAACGAAGGCGAAGAUACAGAAGUUAACGUAAAGAGCGUCGAAUGCGGCAACUCCUUCACUAUUUGCUUGUCGGACGACGGGUCCUUUUGGGGUUGUGGCAAUAACAAAUACGGCCAGUUAGGGAAACUUCAGCAGGACUCGGACAAUCCGCGCGGUUUCGCUCGAUUGGACAUCGGAACGCUCGAUCCUAAAACAGUGAAGAGAUUCAAGUGUCACGAAUGGGGCACGGCGAUAAUCACGGAGUGACGGUGUACUUUUGCUGUCGUAUGAAGUAAAAUUAUUUUCCUA